AUGGCCACCGCGCGCCAGCAGCCGCCAUGGCGCCAGCCCACGGUGCAUCCAGAGACCGAAGCUCGACUACCUCCUCUGAAGAUCUGGAAUUCAUUGACGCGAUCCAAAACCCCAUUUGUCCCCAUUGAUCCCGAAGCAAAGAAGGUGACCUGGUACGCUUGCGGACCUACCGUCUACGAUGAUGCGCACCUGGGCCACGCUAGGAACUAUGUCAGCACCGACAUUAUCCGGCGUAUCAUGCGCGACUACUUCCAUUUCGAUGUGAAAUUCAUCAUGAAUAUCACGGAUGUUGACGACAAGAUCAUCCUCCGCGCACGCCAACAACAUCUCUUCAAUGAAUUUGUCACCGCUCACCCCGUCAUCGACGCCGAGGUCCUCGAUGUCGCGAAAAGCGCAUAUACCGCCUACCUGAAGAAGAACCUGCCACUCCUGAGUAGCGAACUGUCCCCCUCGCAGUACCAAGAUGAGGUCGAAAAGGUCUAUGCGGUCGUGCUGAAUGGAGGACCUCUACCGGGUAACGAAAAGGCCGGCGAUGAUGAAGCCAAGGUCAAGAUGCACAUCAAGACUGUGGCGUCGGCGGCCAAAGUGAUCGCGCAGGCGGAAGCCCAGGAUCAGUCUACAACACCCAGUGGCUUUGCGGAGUCGUUCUACACCAACGCUCAGGACCUUCUCCUCCCUUAUCUGGACGCGCUCAAAGGGUCAUCGAUCAACGCGGAUGAUCACUCCAUUUUCACCAAGCUGACGAAGAAGUACGAGGAUCGAUUCCUAAAAGAUAUGCGCGACCUGAACGUCCUCGACCCCGACGAGCUGACUCGAGUCACUGAGUAUGGUGCAGAGAUUGCCGAUUUCGUCGAAAAGAUCGUUGCGAAUAAGUUCGGUUACGUAACAGAUGAUGGCUCGGUAUACUUUGACAUCAAUGCGUUCGAGGCCGCUGGACACCCUUACGCCAGGCUUGAGCCCUGGAGUCGGUCUGACAACAAGCUUCUCGCGGAGGGAGAAGGCGCACUGACUAAGAAGACUACGGAGAAGCGCUCAGCCUCUGACUUUGCGCUCUGGAAGGCCUCGAAACCGGGCGAGCCCAGCUGGACGAGCUCAUGGGGGCGAGGAAGGCCUGGCUGGCAUAUUGAGUGCUCUGCGAUGGCUUCUGCGAGACUGGGCAAGGAGAUGGACAUCCACUCUGGAGGUGUUGAUCUCGCGUUCCCACAUCACGACAAUGAGCUGGCGCAGAGUGAGGCCUAUUGGUCGCAUGACCACUCGCACACCGACCAGUGGGUGAACUACUUCCUUCAUAUGGGCCAUCUGUCGAUUCAAGGAUCCAAGAUGUCAAAGUCAUUGAAGAACUUUACUACUAUUCGCGAAGCAUUGGAGCGCAAAGAGUGGACACCUCGAAGUCUCAGAAUCGUUUUCUUACUGGGCGGAUGGAGGGACGGCGUCGAGAUCACAGAGGAACUCGUCAGUGCUGGAAACUCGUGGGAAGAAAAGGUGAACAACUUCUUCAUCAAGAUCAGGGAUCCCGCAACACUACAGGCCCAGACGUCGGGCACUGAUACCACUCUUCCUGCUGCCCUAGAGGCAGGGAGGAAGGCAGUCCAUGAGCAUCUCUGCGACUCUUUCAAUACGCAAGGAGCCAUGUUUGCGAUCUCGGAGCUGAUUUCGAAAUACAACGGCGCGGACAAGUCUACGCUUAACGCCAAGGACGUUGAAGCAGUUGCCAGAUUUGUGACCUCUAUGGUCAACACUUUCGGGCUCAACGGUAAUGCUACUCCCGAGAGCGCGGAGAUCGGUUGGACGGGUAUCGACGUGCCGGAGGAGGCCAAGCCUUUCUUAUAUCCCCUUUCCAGUAUGCGCGAUACUCUCCGUCAGGCCGCGCGGGGGAAGGAAGGAGUCACUGCGGAGAGCGUCGUCGCGAUUGUGAACAGCGCAUCCGUGCCAGAGCAGGACGUGACGGAUUCAGCAAAGCCUUAUGCUGACCUCCUUUCAAACUUCCGCACCAAGGUGUCUUCGUUGGAGCAAUCCGAGAACGUCGGAAAGGAGAUCCUAGCCCUCUGCGACCGGGUUCGAGACAUCGAUCUGUUCGACCUUGGUGUCUACCUCGAGGAUCGGGAGAAUCUUCCUGCGUUGGUCCGUCCUGUAACGAAGGAACUCAUCCAGGCCCGAGAGGAGAAGGCCGCUCGGGCGCGUCAAAAGCAGAUCGAGAAAGAGAACAAGGAAAAGGAAGCUUUGAAGAAGCUGGAAAAGGGCAAGCUGAGCCAUCUGGAUAUGUUCCGGACCAACGAGUACAGUGCAUGGGAUGAAGAGGGUCUUCCUACGCGCGAUGCAGCUGGCGAGGAGGUCACCAAGAGUCGGGCGAAGAAGCUUCGGAAGGACUGGGAGAGACAGAAGAAGCUCCAUGAGACCUGGCUGGCCAGUCAAAUGGGCGCCAAAUAG